AUGGUGCAUCGGCCAGUCUGGCCGGCAUUUCGCACUCAUAGUGCAGCCGCGGGUGCUUCCAGCGGCCCUCCGCUGCAUCCUGACGGUCCGCCACUGCACCCUGACGGCCCCGCCGUCCCCUGUCUCGUCCCCGCCACUACACUGCAGCCGAGCCGCCCAGCAGCAGCCGAGCCGCCCAACAGCAGCCGAGCCGCCCAGCAGCAGCCGAGCCGCCCAGCAGCAGCCGAACCGCCCAGCAGCAGCCGAGCCGCCCAGCAGCAGCCGAGCCGCCCGGUACCUGAGCCGCCCGAGCCGCCCGAGCCGCCCGAGCCGCCCGAGUCGCCCGAGCCGCCCGAGCCGCCCGAGCCGCCCGAGCAGCCCGAGCCGCCUGCUGCUGACCUACCCGACUCUCCCAUCCCGGUGAGACUUUCAGCUGCUGCCAUGGCCACCCCCAAUGUUCUCACUUUUGACGCUGAGGGGAGGGCCAUUGACUUUGCCGUCUGGAUCGAGGACCUGCAGCUGUACUUACUGUGUGAUGCGGUAGAUGAGGUCUCUCUCUUUGACUUUGUCUCUGGCGCUGUCCCUGCCCCGCCUGCUGAUGCUGACUCUGCCGUUCGCUCCAAGUGGGCGACCCGCGAUGCUGCUGCACGUCUUGCUGUGCGUCGCCACCUCCCUUCCUCUGAGUGUGCCCACUUUAGUCAGUGCAAGACCGCUCAGGCCUUGUACGACGCUGUAGUUGCGCGCUACUCCUCCCCUUCCUCCGCUACCCUUAGCCGCCUCAUGCUACCGUUUCUCUUCCCUGACCUCGCUUCCUUUCCCACUGUCGCUGACCUCGUUACCCACCUCCGCGCUAGUGACACCCGCUACCGCGCUGCCCUUCCUGCUGAGUUCCGCGCUGCGAACCCUCCUCCCAUGUACAUCACUCUCUACUUUCUCGUCACCCGUCUCCCUGAGUCCCUUCGUGUCGUUAGGGACCAGGGUGUGGUCCCUCCCCCCUGCUGCCCUCUGUCGCCUCUGCCGCUGCGGCCGACCUCGUUGGUUUUGAGUCGGUCGGUGCGGCGUCUGCCCCCAGUGGCAGACGCCGCACUGGCAAGGGCAAGGGGGGCAAGGGAGCAAGUGGAGCCAGAGGGGGCGGUGGAGGAGGCGGUGGGGGUGGAGGGGGGAGUGGGGGUGGCGGGGGGGGUGGUGGCGGGAGUGGAGGUAGUAGUGGCGGCGGUGGAGGCGGAGGUGGCGGCGGAGGUGGUAGCGGAGGAGGCGGUGGGAGCGGUGGGAGCGACGGUCCUGGUGGGGGAGGUGGCGGUGGCGACGGGGGUGGCGGUGGAGGCGGGGGUGGCGGUGGAGGAGGGGGUCGGAGUGGCUCGUCCCAGCGGAGCAGCUCUGGGGGUGGUCAGCGCCAGCAGCAGCAGCAGCAGCAGCCGCAGCAGCAGCCGCAGCAGCAGCAGCGCUCUCGCACCGUAG